AUGGCUGCCUCAUCCAGUCAACCUGAGACCAUGAAAGCAGAAUGCAGUCUCAACAACCCAAAGGUUUAUUCUUUUUUCUUAAUUCUUUUUAUAAUAAGCUGUAUUUUAUUCCUAUUACACUAUAUACAGUGUCAUUUCAUGGCCUUUAAAGAGAACUUUAUGAUUAUUUGGUGUUGUGUCCCAAAAAGAAACAUUAAAAGUUGCCAGAUGCUUUGUAAAAACUGGUUUCAUCAAGAGAACAGAAAACUACAUGCAAUGGUGUGAUCGUGUCCUUUUGGUGCAUGGGUGCUGUGAAAAUCAGGAAUAGAGUGGAGAUUACAUUUAGGGCAUUAUAUUUUGUUUGUUUGAUUAAUAAUAAAAUUAGAGAGUAUUGUUGACAGGCCUGAUUAAUUCCUAUUUGAUAGAAGGGGUUUGUUUCUAAAGACACUGUAAUACGUGUUACUAUGAUGGGGAAUUGGAGUGAUUACCCCUAUCAACGUAGUUUACAACUUAUGUACUAGCAGUUGACAGUUACCAAACCUGCUAUGUCUUUUGGUCGUGUAUUUCCUAACUAUUCACUGUUGUUAAUAUUGUUUUUGUAGGCUUGCUAUUCUGAGACCAGUGAUCCAAUGUUGCAUGUCACUCUUCUUGGUGGUGAGUGGAGUUCAUCUGCUGGUGGGUUGUCAACAUUAAACAGGGAGCUUGCUAUUCACCUUUCAAAUCAUUCAGCAGUGAAGGUUUCUCUUCUAGUCCCAGAGGGAGCUUGUAAUUAUGAGGAAAAAAAUGAAGCCCAUACCUAUGGAAUCACUAUUGUUGAGGCGAAGAGACUUGCAGCAUUUGAUCGUCUUGAUUGGUUAAGCUUUCCACCCCAUGAGCACCUCAUGGAUAUCGUUGUUGGCCAUGGUGUAAAACUUGGUCGGCAAAUACAGGUCAUUAGAGACUCUGCUCGAUUUACAAAUUGUAAGUGGGUACAAGUGGUGCAUACUGCUCCAGAGGACUUAAGCAAGUACAAAUGCUAUGAUGACCCCAUUUCAAAAGGUGAAACAAAACACGAAUCAGAAGUUGAACUUUGCGAACUUGCGGAUCUUGUUGUCCCUGUGGGACCCAAACUAAAAGAAACGUACACUUCGUAUUUGCAGCGAUGUAAGACACAUCAAGACGUUUUGACCAUUACUCCAGGUCUUUUUCAAAGGGAGUUUGGGGAUUUAGUUGCAAAACAAGAUCCUAACGAGGAUGGUGAAUUGAAAGUGUUGUUAUUUGGUCGAGGGGAUGAUGAGGAUUUUGAACUCAAAGGAUACAACAUUGCUGCUCAAGCAUUUACUGAUCAACGGCUAAAAAGCAAACCUUACCAUCUAAUCUUUGUCGGAGCACCUGAAGGAAAGCAAGAAGAAAUAAGAGAAAAACUUCUUCAAUGUGGUAUCGCAGAAGCACAGUUGACUGUUAGAAAAUUUAUACAAAGUAGAGACAGACUGAAAGAUUUGCUGUGUGAAGCUGACCUUACCAUCAUGCCAUCAAAAUCAGAGGGAUUUGGUCUUGUCGCACUUGAGGCCUUGUCUGCAGGUCUACCCAUUCUUGUAGGCAGUAGGUCAGGAUUUGCCAAAGCAUUAGAAAAUGUUCCUCAUGGUAAUACAUGCAACGUGAAUUCAGAUGAUCCCGCAAAAUGGGCAGAGGCAAUUGAAGGUGUUCGUGUUAGGCAUCGAAUGCGACUCAAAGAGGUUAAAGCACUAAAAAUAUCUUAUGGAGAAAUGUACAGUUGGAAGGAACAAUGCAAAGCCCUUGUGGAGAGAAUGUGGGAAAUGGUCCAAGGUAAGAGUUGUUGCUUUGAAACUCAUGCAUAAAACAAUGAAUAUGAUGAACACUAUUUUGUACAUGUUAUUUUGACUUUUGCCUGUGUGUUCCAAACAUUAUUGUGAUCGGCCACUUAGUUACAAUCAUCUUUACAUGUUCAUCGUUUUCUUGUCUCGACACUCAUUAAUAAAACCUAGUGUUUUUGUAUUUUGGUAAUUUGGUAUUUUAGUAGUGUUGAUGUAACUUGGUAUUUCAUAGACCCAUAAGCUGUAGGUUGAAAAAGUUAUGUGUGUUACAGGUCAAAUUUGUUCUCAGGUUAAAUAUUUUUAACCUAGGUUGAUUCUUGAUUCCCUCUGUCUAUUAGGGCUAGAAGACAAAGGAAAUUGAGAAUCAACCUAGGCUAAAUCAAAAUUAACCUGGGGUUGAAUUUGACCUGUAACAUGUAUGUGAAUGUUCUAUCAUGAAAAAUAUGGCUGAAGUAAUUCAAAUUAGGCAGUCCAAAUUAACAGUGCAAUGAUAUGCAAUCCAAAAGCACUGGCUAUUCCAGAACAUUUAGUGAAUCUUUUGUAGUUAACAGGAUUCUUUAAAACAACUCUAUUAACUUUCUCUUCAGCAGAAAGGGGCUUUCAUCUUUUUUCUCUCACAAUGACAGUAUUUUUAAAACCAACCAACAGGGUCUUCCGAAAAUGACAACAAGCCCAGAGAUGAAGAGCCACUGGUUGAAGAAACUUCUCGUGCUGAAAAGAGAGCUCAUUUUGCAGCAGGAAGUCAAACUAAAAGUAGCUGUAAGCAUAUUUCAGGUAUGGAAAAACAUUAUUUGCUUUCUGUUGCUUCUGGUCUCUGUUAUGAGCAAAGGGUGGGGUGAGAGGCCCUCUUAAAAGUGUUUACCGUUUAAUUUGUAGCAGGGAAAAAAUCCAUACUGCAGGGUGUCCAGUUCCUGUUUUUUCCUAUUUUUUGAGCAUAUUCCUAUUUUCUCCUUUUUUUAAACCAAAACCUCCUAUUUUUCCUAUUUUUUAGUUGGUGAAGCCAUAAUUUGCAAAAAUAUUGAAAAUGGAAUAAUAGUUGUAUUGUGUUUUAGGGUGAGAUUUAUCAUAAAGCAAGUUGUAUGUUGACCUUGAUGUUCUAAUAUUAGUAAAAAUAAUAGCUACAUUUGUUCUUUCCAAGACCUCUAUUGUCCAUUAGAAUUCUGUUAACAACUUUGUUAUAAUUAUUGUUACUUUUUGCAUAAUUUUCUAGUGCACCUACAUGUACAUGUAUUGUAUGUAAUGCUUCACUUCUCAUGACUAUUAAAUAAUAUUGUGCAUCCCUUUCACAACACAGAUCAGAUAAAUCAUCCAAUCAGCUUGUUGUUUAAAGAACUAAUCACUAGCUGGAUUCUGUAUGCUACGUGAAAAGAACAGACUCAAGUUUAGUUUACGGCACUAGCUCUCUUGGUGAGCUCUUAUUAACAGCUAUACCUAAGCAACUGAUGAAGGAUACAAUAUUUUGGUUCCGAAACUGUUCUUCCGGUCAUAGCUAAGAAGAGUGUUAGAUUCCUCUUAGAACUUAACCAUAACACACUGUCUUUUUGCAUACACUGCGGAAAGCCAGGUUUGGUACUUAAAACGGUCGGUAUGCGGUCUUUUGACUCAAACAAUCAUAUUCUCAACCAGCUACCGAUUGUAGAUUAACGGAAGGAAAGAUAUCAUGGAAUUUUUUAGUUCAAUAUCGUUUAAUGACAACGCAAUCGUAAGAAAUUUCUGUCCUAAGAAGCUUUUCAAAGAUUUGCCGCCAACUAGAAGGGAUUUGUCAUAUGAUCAGCUUUGAUUAUAGAACGUGCUCGACCUGUAGCCAAGAAUGUCAUCCUGAUUACAGCGUAACUGAGCCAAAAAACUAAAUGUUACUGAUCUUUUUCACUCCUCCUAAGCCGCGAACGUAAAGGCUAAGGACUCGUGGCCUUUAUUAUAGCCCUGAUCGGAUGCGGGGAGACCAACUAUGUCGACAAAAGUACUAUUGAUUUUCCUAUUUUUCUCCUAUUUUUUAAUACAAAGUUUCCUGGGUUUCCUAUUUUCCUAUUUUUUUGAGCAACCAUGCCACCGGACACUUAGAAACAGGGGAAACGUGUGUUUUAACCUCGAUACUGACGCCUUCUAAUGUUACGGUAAGUCCUCUGUUCUUGGUUUUCACCCAUGUGACCCGACGCUUGACAACGGUUGCUAUCCGCCAUGUUGGUGUCCCUCAAACGUAACCAAAACCAGCUCGAACAGAUAUAGUUAUGGUUGUUUGCAUCGUUGUUGGUUGUUGGAGGAAAAGUGAGAAGAAAAACAACCAAGGAUUUUUUCGUAUUCCAUAA